AUGCCGCACAUGUUUACUAGCGCCUUUCUCUACUCAAACAUUUUUUCCCUGAUCACAAGUCAAGAAAUAGACUCCAAGAUUUCUAGGAGCGGUGGGGAACCUCGUUUUCUUCUUCCAGUGGUUUUAAAUAAUUAUUAUGCUGGUUCGAGCGACGGAGAAGACUUUCUCAAACUUACGACGGUUGAAAACCGAAAUAAAAAAGUCUCUCUCGGUCUUGGAGUUGUUCAAGUGAAAUGGAAAUGUUUUCAACACUGGGUGAGCUUCAGUUUAUAA